CGAGGGCAGCGCGCAGAAAUAGGGCGCUGGGCGCCCCAGCGCAGCCAGCUUCCAGCACAGCCCGCGGCCCGGUGCCAGCUCCGCCGGCGACCGGUGUGCCAAAGUGCGGUGCUCCCGCAGGGAACCUGGCUCGGGGAGGGCCUCCAGGUGAGUGCCGGGCUCGGCGCUCUGCUCCUGAAGCUCCCGCGGGACUGCCUGGGGACAGGGACUGCUGUGGCGCUCGGCCCUCCACUGCGGACCUCUCCUGAGUGGGUGCGCCGAGUCAUGGAGGGCGCAGAGCUGGCCGGGAAGAUCCUUUCCACCUGGCUGACGCUGGUUCUGGGCUUCAUCCUUCUACCUUCGGUCUUCGGAGUGUCUCUGGGCAUCUCCGAGAUCUACAUGAAGAUCCUAGUGAAAACUUUGGAGUGGGCCACAAUACGAAUUGAAAAAGGAACCCCAAAGGAGUCGAUUCUUAAAAACUCUGCUUCUGUUGGUAUUAUCCAAAGAGAUGAGUCACCCAUGGAAAAAGGGCUCUCUGGUCUACGAGGAAGGGACUUUGAGCUGUCUGACGUGUUUUAUUUCUCCAAGAAGGGAUUGGAAGCCAUUGUGGAAGAUGAAGUGACCCAGAGGUUUUCCUCAGAGGAGCUAGUGUCAUGGAAUCUCCUCACAAGAACCAAUGUAAAUUUCCAGUACAUCAGUCUGCGGCUCACUAUGGUGUGGGUGCUGGGCGUCAUAGUGCGCUAUUGUGUCCUACUGCCUCUGAGGGUUACCUUGGCUUUCAUUGGGAUCAGUUUGCUGGUUGUAGGAACUACACUGGUUGGGCAGCUGCCAGACAGCAGCCUCAAAAACUGGCUGAGUGAACUGGUCCAUCUGACUUGCUGCCGGAUCUGUGUGCGAGCCCUCUCUGGUACCAUUCAUUAUCAUAACAAGCAGUACAGACCCCAGAAGGGAGGCAUUUGUGUUGCCAACCAUACUUCCCCAAUUGAUGUUUUAAUCUUGACAACGGAUGGAUGUUAUGCUAUGGUUGGCCAGGUUCAUGGCGGCUUGAUGGGAAUUAUUCAGAGAGCUAUGGUCAAGGCUUGUCCUCAUGUCUGGUUUGAACGCUCAGAAAUGAAGGAUCGACACCUGGUUACUAAGAGACUAAAAGAACAUAUUGCUGAUAAGAAGAAAUUACCCAUACUAAUUUUUCCUGAAGGAACUUGCAUCAACAAUACUUCAGUCAUGAUGUUUAAAAAGGGGAGCUUUGAAAUUGGAGGAACCAUACAUCCAGUUGCAAUUAAGUAUAACCCUCAGUUUGGUGAUGCAUUUUGGAACAGUAGUAAAUACAACAUGGUGAGCUACCUGCUUCGAAUGAUGACCAGCUGGGCCAUCGUCUGUGACGUGUGGUACAUGCCCCCCAUGACCAGAGAGGAAGGAGAAGAUGCAGUCCAGUUUGCUAACAGAGUUAAGUCUGCUAUUGCUAUACAAGGAGGCCUGACUGAACUUCCCUGGGAUGGAGGACUAAAGAGAGCAAAGGUGAAGGACAUCUUUAAGGAAGAGCAGCAGAAAAAUUAUAGCAAGAUGAUUGUGGGCAAUGGAUCUCUCAGCUAAGAGGAUAGAUGACAGCUUUUAGAUCUAGAACUAGCCCUUAGAAAUGGAAUGGCUUUAUUUUUUGUUUUGUUUUAUUGUUUUGUUUUUAUUAUUGUUAAUCUUUUCUACAGAAUGAUUGUCUCUACCUCUUUAUGCCAGAGGCAGAACCUACAGGUGCCCUUUUUGGCUUUUGUUGUUGUUGUAACAUUAGCCCCAUGGAUUGUAAGGUGGUUUACUGAGUUAAAACAGAUUCUGCUUUUGUAAAAUGAUGGUGUCACUGUGGACUGAAUGAAAUAUUUGUAUAGAAAAAAGUGCUUGUAAAGUGUGUUUGGAACUCAUUGAUGGGGUAAUUCUCCAAAAAUGCCCAAACUCUUUUUCUGUAAUUAGUCUUGCCACUUUCUUCAGUCACUUAAAUGGUGGGAUUACACAUCAGCGCAAGAUGACCAUUAUGGUUAUGGUCUACUGCAAGGUUGAAAGGAAAAAUGGAGGAUUGUAUUUAGGAAAAGGGACAACUUUGUGGCCACCUGCUCUGAAAGUCAAAAGGAAAUGUAAAUUAAUGUUUUUAGUGUGUUGGAAGAGAAAUACUAUUCAGUAAGCUUUGCCAGAGAAAAGUGAGUCAAAGUUAAUAUGUGUGUGCAUUUAUAUGUAGGCAGCUCGUAGACCACAUUUUAGCCAACGACUGGUAACAAAGAGCUUAGUUUUCCUUGUUUGAAUGCUGUAGAUCUAUACCUAGUACCCCUCCCAUCUACUGAUUUGUUUGUUUUUGUAACCAAACACAUUUUCAGAUAGAAGGAGCCUUAAAAAAAGAAAUCACAUUGAGUAACUUCAGUAUGAAUGAAUGAGAAUGUGUGGAGUUACCCCUCACCCUCCAUCCCUUUGUGGUUUAUUCCCAAAGUUUCCCAGUCUCUUAAACAGAAAAAUGACUGAUAUAAUUACCUUUUGGAAACUGAGCCUUAAUUUUUUUUAGAGGGGGAAGAAAGUUUUCCCCAACUCACACAGCGUAAGCAAUGUUUGACGGCAAUAUAAUGCCGUUGUAAACUACUGAGAGUAUUGUAUCUGUUCUGGUAACCAUGUACAGAAUGUGAAACUGUCUUAUGAAUGUAAAUAAAUUCUAUAUUUCUAAA